UAAGGAAAUUGUAGACAGUGUAAAACUAAAGAAUAUGUGUAUACUCACAAACGAAUUGCAUUAUAGUCCUAACUACGCUGAAUUUAUUUGAAAUUGAAAUACUUCUAAUAAUUUUGUGGUCUUAUUUUACUAUUAUAAACAGAAUAAACACUUUUCUUUAAUCAAGUGUACUUAGAAUGGAAGAAUCGGUAGAUCCAGGGUCUAACUUGCCAGUGCCAUCUCCAGAGACAGCCAAACAGUGCUGCAUUUGUAUGAGGAAGGAUCAGAAGCUCCUGCAUCUAUGCUUGAUCAACGGAGGCGGUAACAGCUUGUUCUCAUUGCUGUGCGACGACCAAGAUGAUUCUCCGGACGAGACCAAAGAGCCCACGCGCCUGAUAAUCUGCUGGGAAUGCGACGCCAUCAUGUCCAACGUGGUCUGUUUCCGGCAGCAGGCCUGCACGGCGCAGAAACGGCUGUCCAGCAUCGCUGAGGGGCGCUCAAUGUCGCAAAACACAUUCGUUCUCAUUCCACCAUCGUCAGGAGCCCGCGGCUCGGGGCCCGAGGCCAUCCUCGAAUAUCGCGCUCAAAUACAAGACCUCACGCAGCCGGUGUUCCGCAUCGUGCGCUACGGUAAAUAG